AUGGAAUGUUCAUUCACAUUCUUUCAUUUCAUUCCAUUCGAAGAAAAAGAAGAAACCAUAGGUCAAAUAGGCCAUCAUGUUUUGAUCACUUUGUUUUCAACACCACCAUUUCUAUCAGUACAGCCUGUUUGUUUGACCAGAGAAAAAGUGAAACAAAAAAUACCGCCAGAAAUUCCAAUAGAAAGACGUGAUUUUCAUGUGAAACGAAAAAAAGCCGAAACGAAAAGGGGUAACCCAUAUCUGAACAUACAAGAAGGAGAAAAAAAGCAACAACAACAAGAUUCAUUUGUUCACAGACAUUGACAAAAAAAAAGAAUGUUUGUUGAUAUUUUCAUUUCAUUUAAUUCCAUU